CCAUACUGAAUGUUUACUCGGCGUUAGGGACUGGACGGUCUCUUGUUGUGUCAGGAAUAAAUACAUUUUUCUAUUUAUGUGAUACAGUUGAAAGUUAAAAUAAAAGGAUGUCUUUGAAAGCGGAAGUGCCAGGCAUUCGACUUGCCAUCGAUCAUCUACAAGAAUUAGGAGAAAGGAUGCAGAACGAAGACUAUGGUUUCAAAGAAAAUGACGUAGAAAAUAUUGACAGCAUAAUUGAAGCUCUUGGUGAAUUGGAAGCUGAGAGAGACAAAUUGCAUGAAUUGCUUGAAAUAGAAACAAUCCAGGCCAGUGUUUUACGCCAUAAACUACAGGUUUUCCCAGGGAAAAUAAAGGGAGAAAUUGAAGCUGCUGUAAAAUCUGCUCGCCAGUCUAAUGCAGAUGAAGUACAACGGCUACAGAGCCAGCUGGAGAAGGUCACCAAGAAUAUUGAGUUUCUGGAGUUAAAACUGCAAGAGUUAGAAGAGGAAAAUGCAAAGCUUUUACCCGAGAGAGAUGGUAUGCGCAAAAAACAUGAGGAAAUUAUUGCAACAUUGAAUGUCAGACUAGCAGAAAAAGCAACAAACCAGAUAUCUUUAAAUGAAACCAGAGACCAACUUCGAGCAACAAAUCAGAAUAUUGUUAAUCUUGAAGAAAAUAUUCUUAUUCUUAAAGAAGAUAUGAUCCAGGAAAGGGCAGAUGCCAGGAUGGAAAAGAAACGUUUGAAAAAAGCUGUGUAUGACACAACCAUGAAGGUCAGAGAACAAAGAGAUGCUAACAUAGUGAAGAAAAAGGAACUGGAUGCUUUGUUAGAAAAAUUAGCUGAAAGUGAGGGUCAAUUAGACAUGAUUAGAAAGAGUAUAAGAAGAUAUGAUACUUCUCGUGCUAAACUAGAAGGACAAGAGAGGGCUUUAAUGGCACAACUGAACAGAGAAAUAAAGCAAAAUCAAGAGCUUAAGCAGAAAAGAAUUGAAAUUGAAGAAGAGAGUAACAGACAGCAAAAAGAGUUUGAAGAAAGCAAAGCUGCACUUGAAGGAAAAUUGGAAGAGCUUGAAGUUGAAAUUCAGAAACAGAGCAAGAAGUUUGAAAGACUAGAUGGACAGAAAAUGAUAUUGGAAAUGGAUGUUGAAGAUGCAAUGGAACAAAGAAGAAAAGAUGCUCAAAAUGUUGAAGAAAUCAAUGGCAUUUUGCAAGCUGCUAAGAUAACACUGGCCAAGAAGGCAGAGGAAACAGGCCGUCUAACAAACGAAAAUGUGUAUAUGGAAGAAGCUAUUGUAAAACUCAAGGAAACCCAUGAGCUAGUUGUUGCAACAUUGAAUAAACAGAUUGAAGAAUACAGAGACCAACUCUCAAAGGAGAGGGCAGAAAGAACAGAAAUGGAACUUCAGGCUGAGAGGGAUGAUGUGCAGAAAAAUGUUGAUGAUUUCCGUCAGGAAAACCAGCGUUUUAUGGCAUUGAUGAAUAAAAAGAUAAAUGACACCAAGAAUCAGAUUGAGUCAUUGAAUAAAGAGGGAAUUCAACUGCAGAAGGACAUCAGAGAAGGAGACCAGACCAUCAAGAGAAGACAUGAGGAACUGAGAGUUGCAAAACAGAACUAUGUCUCAAUGAAAGCUUCUCUUGAGAAGGAACUUACAGAUUUAGAGGCUAGCGUAGAACAUCUGGGCAAAAGGAAAACUGAAAGGGAAAAAUAUUUGGAGGAAAAAAUGCCUGUUUUAAGUUCACUUGAAGAGGAACAUGAUGCCAAACAAAAAGAAUAUGAAGCCAGAAAGAAAGAAAUUGUUGUUUUGAAAAACAAGAAGACUGGUUUGGAAGAAACUUGCAAGAGGACACAGAAAAAUAUUGAAAAACUUGAAGAGCCAACGGUAAAAAAUCAACAGGAACUCAAACUGAAAAAAGAAGAAUCUCUGGUACAGCUGAAGCAGCAUGCAGAGGAAACGAAAGUAGUAGAGAGUGAUAUUUACACUGAGGGUUGUAAGCUCAAGACUGUUAUGGAGGAAAACCACAAAUUCAGAGAGGCUAUUGAAAAGUACGAGACUGACAUCGUGGACUUAAAUGAACACAAAGGAAAAAAUGAGCAGAUGAAACAGACAUUGUUGGAUGAACUGAUAGCUCUUAAAGGCAUCCUGUUAAAAGGCUGGGAGGCAGAUCAUGCUCUAGAAAAGGUCUAUGCUGAGAAGGACCAAACCACUGUUGGGGAGAUAACAGAUUUGCUUCAUCGUACUGAAAAGAGAGAACAAAAGAUCAGCAGCAUUACUGAGCAGCUGGAGGGUGAGCUGCUGGCUUUGCACAACUUUCUUGAGAACGUGGCUAAGAGAAGACCAAAGCCAUCAGGAAACCAACGGAGCAAGAGCAGAACUAGUGUAAGAAGUCAGUCAAGACACACCAUGGCAUCUGCAAAGGCUUCUGGGCAAGACAGGUCCGCAAGUCGAGCUGAGAAAUCUGAGAGAGCUUCACCUUCUAGGUCCGUUUCUCCUCAGAAGUCACUGCUAAAAGGCGAGGUGGAUACCAGGUCAGGAUCUCCUUUCAAUUCUAAAUCCCAAACCUCACAGAGGGGCGACUCUCCUCAAAGGUCUCCUUCAAGAGCUUCCCACAGGAAGGUUGUGACACUCGAGGAAGUUAUGGAAGGGGAAGGGACUACAGCAGAUGGGAUCAAUUUACUUUAAAAUACGUGUCAUACAAUUUGAAAGCACCAAAACAUUUUUUUUAUACUGGAUGAAUCACUUAUUUGUGUAUCUUUGUAAUAAAAA